AGCUGCUACUAUUUAGCGACGGCUGGUUACUCCUCCCUACGUCACUGCGUACAGGUUUUUAAAGGGCGGCCGAAGCUCCUCGCAUCACAUCACUGUUUAUCUAGAACCCCCCUCUGCCGAGGCGCUGCCUUCUGAAUUUCACACCUGAAACGAGCCAGCUGUUUGGAUGUUUUCUUCGUGAGCGAAGCUGCUGGUCAAAAACAGGGGGGAAUUUUUCUUUAUUUAUCGCUUUGUUUACCUUCGUGAGGGGUCUCAGGGUGAGAUACUGACUCCACAUGUAUUUGUAAAAGAGAGAAGGACUCCACACGGACUGACAAAAACAUUCCUAUUGGAAUAUCGUUCUUAAUCUGAGCAGUCACAUUGACUGCUGUUAUUUCUUUUCUCCCUGACAAAAUCAUCGAAAUACAAAGCUGGUAUUUCGUAUUUCGAUCGAUACCGUGCUCCGUUUGUGCCCCUGAGAUUCUGGUCUGCUGUGAAGCGUCUGCUUUCCUGUUUGUUUUUAAUCCAUCGCGCACGCGAUGCCGUUGUGCUCACCUCAGAGUUUUUCACACGACACGAAACGCUAGACACUUUUUGUUGUCGUUAAAAGAAAGACGGUUGAAACUGAGAGAAAACGCUUCACUCUUUGUACUACCGGCUCCACAGAGGUGUCCUUUCUUGUUCGUGUUCAAACGGUGCCUUCAGGCAGCAGAGCAGCCGCACAGUUCAGCUCAGCGCACAGUCUUACAGCGAGUGAACGACCCAAGCUGCAAAAAUGACGGAUGGACCGAGACAAAGAGGCAGCGUGGCGACGGCAGGUAGCGGGGAUGGAGCUGCGGGGGCUGCGAAACCUGCCGGAGAGUCUGUGGCACUGAAGAAGGAGAUCGGCCUGGUCAGUGCCUGCGGGAUCAUAGUGGGUAACAUCAUUGGCUCAGGCAUUUUUGUCAGCCCUAAAGGUGUGCUGGAGAACGCCAGCUCUGUAGGCCUAGCACUCAUUGUCUGGAUCAUCACAGGCGUCAUCACAGCCAUCGGAGCGCUCUGCUACGCUGAACUGGGCGUCACCAUUCCCAAGUCUGGUGGCGACUAUUCUUACGUCAAGGACAUCUUUGGAGGACUGGCAGGGUUUCUAAGGUUGUGGAUCGCUGUGCUGGUGAUCUACCCCACUAACCAGGCAGUCAUCGCUCUGACCUUCUCUAACUAUGUCCUGCAGCCCCUCUUCCCCACCUGCUUUCCCCCAGAGAACGGCCUACGUCUGCUUGCAGCCCUCUGCCUAUUGUUGCUGACGUGGGUGAACUGUGCCAGCGUGCGUUGGGCCACUCGUGUGCAAGAUGUGUUCACAGGAGGGAAACUGCUGGCCCUCAUCCUUAUCAUCAUCAUGGGCAUUGUGCAGAUCUGCAAGGGCGAUUAUUACUGGCUGGAGCCAGCUAAUGCCUUUGAGCCUUUUCAGGACUACGAUGUUGGUCUGAUAGCUCUAGCUUUUCUGCAAGGUUCUUUCGCUUAUGGAGGUUGGAACUUCCUUAACUAUGUAACAGAAGAGCUGGUGGAUCCAUAUGUAAAUCUGCCUCGUGCUAUCUUCAUCUCCAUUCCCCUGGUGACGUUUGUUUAUGUUUUUGCUAACAUUGCCUACGUCACUGCCAUGAGCCCUCAGGAGCUGCUGGCCUCCAAUGCUGUUGCUGUGACGUUUGGUGAGAAGCUGUUGGGAGUGAUGUCAUGGAUCAUGCCCAUCUCAGUGGCCCUGUCCACCUUUGGGGGAGUCAACGGCUCCCUAUUCACUUCUUCCCGGUUGUUCUUUGCUGGUGCCAGAGAAGGCCAUCUCCCCAGCCUGCUGGCUAUGAUCCAUGUGAGGCGCUGCACACCUAUUCCAGCCCUACUCUUCACCUGUAUCUCAACUCUUUUGAUGCUGUGCACUAGUGACAUGUACACACUUAUCAACUAUGUGGGUUUCAUCAACUACCUCUUCUACGGUGUCACUGUAGCUGGGCAGAUUGUACUGCGCAUCAAACAGCCAGACAUGCACCGACCAAUUAAAGUCAGUCUGGUCUGGCCGGUGAUCUAUCUGCUGUUCUGGGCCUUCCUGCUGAUUUUCUCUCUCUACUCUGAGCCUGUGGUGUGUGGCAUUGGUCUGGCCAUCAUGCUCACUGGUGUGCCUGUCUACUUCUUGGGUGUCUACUGGGAUAACAAGCCUCAGUGCUUCAACACGUUUGUGGAUAAGAUCACGUACCUGGGUCAGAAAUUCUGCGUAGUUGUGUACCCAGCAGAGGAGGAGAAAAAAGAGGAGUGCUGUGGAGAGGAGAUGGAAAUGAAGACGGAGACUGCCCCUCUCUCAGGAGCAGAUGAGGGGGAGACAUCAAAAUCCGCUGAUUACUGAACACAAACACAAAACGUGCAUACACAUAAACAUGAAGCAGGGUGCCAGUCUGACACAUACUCUACUGGAAAACAUGGGUGAAAAAACAUGAAUCACACACUAGUACACCAUUCUGAUUUGCACAUCGGCUGGUGUUUAAGGAGGGAUGGUAUUGGAGGAUAGAGCCAGAGGUCAGAGGAGAGAGCGAAUAAGAAUUAACCUUGAUGCUAAACGCUGAAAAAAGCAAAGCAUUGAAUGUACUUGAUUGUAACAUAUAGAGUUUUUUCAACAGGAAUGAAUUAUAUUACACCUGCACAAUUUUGUCUUUCAGUUGACUUACUUGUGGUAGUAUUCGUGUUAUUGUAAUAUAUUUUACUCACAUAGGAACGGAUUUACACUUUUGCGUCAAGUAAAUUCAAUGCAUCUCUUCAGUGUCGUGUAGCAGUCCUUUAUUUUCAACUGCCUGUCUGCAUUGUUCUCUAUGUAAAGGCAUUCAGCUCUACUCCUUGGUACUGCCUCCACUUCCAAUGGAGUUGCAACUUUAGAUUCUCUGAUGGGAUAAGAAUUCCAGAAUGUGCAUAAAACACUGCUAUUGUUGAAUUAGAUCAGUGUUAUUAAUUGUGGUUUCAAUUAUGUCAUAAUCACACUAAAAUGUUUACUUUCCAUUCUAUUGUUGUAACUCUGAUCCCCCAACCCCAGCUGAGAUUACACCUCCACUCUGUACUUUAGCUCUUCAUCCACAUGGAUAAACACAUAGAUAAACACUGCCACAUUUAAAUCCACCCGCACUGCUUAGAGCAGUAUUAGUCCUUACUUCUAAUGAAAUCAUGUUUUCUUUUUGCUGUUGUUUAGUUUGAAUAUGCCAAAGUAUUUGGAUUUAGAAAUCUCGUUUCAGAUCAUUACGAUCAUUCAGCUACAACAGUACACUAAGAACCAUUUCUGAUUUUGAUUCCAAAGCAUUUCUUUUCUUUAUCCUUUUGCCUUAAUUGUCAUAGCCUGAUUGUUUAUUUUUUAUCACGUUCUGUCAUUAUUGUUAUUAUUUUGUGUCAUUUUUCAGUCUCUGUUGGUUGUUUUUAUCUGGAUGAUAACUCUGGGAUUUCCUUUGUAAGGCAGAGGUAGGAUAUAUAAAGGUAUAUAUAUUUAAGAACCACAUUUUGUGGUUUAGAGUAGUUUUCUGCCAGAAACGUUCUCUGGUGUGAGUACAGUUCUAGCUCUUUACAUUGCCUUAAUUAUAAUAUAACACAUAGAUAAGAGCCUGUGCUUAUGCAUUCUAAUUAUCACUGUCAUUAUCACUAUUGAACAAUUGUUUUGUUUAGUUUUUUUCUUUGAUAUUUUUGAAGAUAAAAGAUGUCCAUGAAAAACCAAAAAAGCUAUGAAAGUGUUGACUGGUGACAUUCUUCUGCAUUUCUUUUAUUCACAAACCCUGAAAUCACACGUCUACAAACUAAAUGCUCACAUACAUGUGAUCAGUUGUAGAUACAGUUAAGUUAUUUUAGUAAAUUUAAAGCACUAAAAUUGAUGUGAGUUAAAAAAAAGUCUAUUUUUAUUUCUAGUGGUCGGCUACAUAGUUACAUAAACAUAUAAACAUAUUUUUAUUGAAAAACAAAAAAAAAAGAGUAAUGUAGUGCUAUUUUUGGUCUUUACAUGUGAUUGUGGAACAGAUUCAUAUAAAGCAAUAGUGGCAUUAUAAAUGUGUACUUGAACUAAAAAUAUGUAUUUAAAGUCAGAUAAAUAAUUUCAUAUUAAUAGUCAUGUAUUAAUACUGAUAUUAUAUAGAUGUAUUAUAGAUGUUAAUGUGGGUGCAAUAACUA